AUGGACGCGGUGGCCGCCUUCGGGAUGGACAAGCAAUUCGCCCCCAACCCGGUCCGGAUCCUGGAGCCUGCAGACAACCCCCAGGCGCGCAAGAACUUCAGCGUCAGCCACCUCUUGGACCUGGAGGAAGCGGCCGUCGGCAUGAACGGGACGCCCCGGGAAAGCGGCGCGGAGGCUCGGGAGGGCGGCAAGGGGGCUUUCGAGCCCUCCGGGGGCAGCAGCGGCAGCGAAGCAGGAGGACGAGGCGGAGGAGGCGCGCUGCGGGAAGGGGAAAGCCUGAGUCCGGCCCACUCCUCCUCCUCCAAACGGAAGAAGAAACAGCGGAGGAACCGGACCACCUUCAACAGCAGCCAACUGCAAGCUCUAGAACGAGUCUUUGAGAGGACGCACUAUCCGGACGCUUUCGUGCGGGAGGAGCUGGCCCGAAGGGUCAGCCUUAGUGAAGCCAGAGUCCAGGUCUGGUUUCAGAACCGAAGAGCAAAAUUCCGCCGGAACGAGAGGGCGAUGUUGGCCAACCGGUCAGUAUCGCUCCUCAAAUCCUACACCCAAGACACAGCCAUUGAGCAGCCUGUUGCUCCCCGGCCCACCACCCUCAGCCCCGACUAUCUAUCGUGGUCAGCCACCCCCCCCUACAGCAACACGAUGCCUUCAUACAGUUCCAGCACCCCCAGCACCCCCACCCCGGGCGUCAACAUGGCCAACAGCAUUGCCAGCUUGCGCCUGAAAGCCAAAGAGUUCAGCCUCCACCAGAAUCAGGUGCCCACUGUGAACUGACGUGCUCACCCUUUCUCCAUGGCCAACAGCAACCUUGGCGAUCUCCACCAUUCAAGACAUCGGGGAUAUUCAUGGUCCAUCAGGGCUCAAGACUCUUCCCCUGCCCCCCAGCGUCUCCUUCUCUUGAAGACCACAGGAGAGAGCAUCAACCAACUUGAGAAACUUCUUGAAGCUCCCUUGGGGAGGAAGCGUUGCCCAGCCUCUUCAAGAUCAUGCUGGUGGACCAUGGUGGUGGACCAUGACUUCUUCAAGGAAGAGCAAAUGAUCCAGAAGAGGAGGCCAUCCAGAAAUGAAGACAUGGAAUUUGGAGAGCUUUCCCGGUUGGGUUGGAAGCUCAAAGAUCUAACUCUUCAAGAACAUUUUGGUUUCAAGAACCCAAAUAUAAUCUGGUUAUUUCAUGGUCUUUUCAACCCCGAUUAUCUCGCCCUUUCCUGGGGAUGGUGACCUUGGAGCCACCAAGAUUUGGCAUGGAGCAGUUUUUAUUCCAAAUU